AUGACGAGAACAAUAAGAGAGAGCUCAUUCGGAAAUGGAGCCCAAACUAACCAGAAAGCAGAGGAGCUCUUGAAGGCUGUACCCUGGCGACUGCGAGAUGUGGCCGAGCACCGCGACCAUCUCUUGGCACCUACCGUCCCCCCCACCGUGCGUAUCGUGCACUCAGGCCUGGCGUGCAACAUCGAGGAGGAGCGCUACUCGGAGAGGGUCUACACCAUCCGUGAGGGUGAGACGCUGGAGCUGACCUGCCUGGUCACCGGCCAUCCCCGACCACAGAUCAGGUGGACCAAAACAGCGGGAAGUGCCUCUGACAGAUUUCAAGACUCGAGUGUCUUCAAUGAAACGCUGCGGAUAGCCAACAUCCAGCGCCACCAAGGAGGCCGCUACUACUGCAAGGCCGAGAACGGCCUGGGCUCCCCGGCCAUCAAGUCCAUACGAGUGGACGUGUACUAUCUGGAUGACCCAAUAGUGACAGUCCACCAGAGCAUCGGUGAAGCAAAAGAGCAGUUUUACUAUGAGAGAACUGUGUUCCUCAGGUGCGUGGCCAACUCCAACCCACCCGUCCGGUACAGCUGGAGACGUGGCCAGGAGGUGCUGCUGCAGGGCUCUGAUAAGGGAGUUGAGAUCUACGAGCCCUUCUUCACACAGGGGGAAACGAAGAUCCUGAAGCUGAAGAACCUUCGACCUCAGGACUACGCCAACUACAGCUGCAUCGCCUCAGUGAGGAAUGUCUGCAGCAUCCCUGAUAAGAUGGUGUCCUUCCGACUCUCCAACAAAACAGCAUCCCCUUCUAUUAAGCUCCUGGUGGAUGACCCGAUAGUGGUGAACCCUGGAGAGGCGGUCACCCUGGUCUGUGUGACGACAGGAGGGGAGCCAGCCCCCAGCCUGACGUGGGUGAGGUCUGCCAGUGGCCUGCCUGAGAAGACUGUCCUCAAUGGCGGAACACUGACCAUACCUGCCAUCGCAUCAGAGGAUGCUGGCACCUACAGCUGCGUCGCCAAUAACAACGUUGGAAAUCCAGCAAAAAAAUCCACCAACAUCAUCGUAAGAGCCUUAAAAAAAGGACGUUUUUGGAUCACCCCUGAUCCAUAUCACAAAGACGACAACAUCCAGAUUGGGCGAGAGGUGAAAAUCUCCUGCCAGGUGGAAGCUGUCCCUUCGGAGGAGCUCACGUUCAGCUGGUUUAAAAAUGGGCGGCCCUUGCGAAGCUCUGAAAGGAUGGUCAUCACACAGACCGACCCCGACGUGUCGCCUGGCACCACCAACCUGGACAUCAUUGACUUGAAAUUCACAGACUUUGGGACGUACACGUGUGUCGCGUCUCUGAAAGGAGGUGGCAUAUCAGAUAUCAGCAUUGAUGUCAACAUCUCCAGCAGUACAGUCCCACCCAAUCUGACUGUUCCUCAAGAAAAGUCCCCCCUGGUCACACGGGAAGGAGACACGAUCGAGCUGCAGUGCCAGGUGACGGGGAAGCCCAAGCCCAUCAUCCUGUGGUCCCGCGCCGACAAGGAGGUGGCGAUGCCAGAUGGCACGAUGCAGAUGGAGAGCUACGAUGGCAUCCUGAGGAUAGUGAACGUGUCCAGGGAGAUGACAGGCACCUACAGGUGCCAGACCAGCCAGUACAACGGGUUCAAUGUGAAGCCCAGAGAAGCUUUGGUGCAGCUCAUCGUACAGUACCCCCCUGCCGUGGAGCCGACCUUCCUGGAGAUCCGGCAGGGCCAAGGCCGGAGCAUCACCAUGAGCUGCCGGGUGCUGCGGGCCUACCCGACGCGGGUGCUGACCUACGAGUGGCGGCUGGGCAGCAAGCUGCUGCGCACAGGCCAGUUUGACCUGCAGGACUCCACCGAGUACACCGUCAGCAGCCUCUCCCGUGACAGCUAUGGUGUCUACAACUGCAACAUCAUCAAUGAAGCAGGAGCCGGCCGCUGCAGCUUCCUCGUCACAGGCAAGGCCUACGCCCCGGAGUUCUACUAUGACACUUAUAACCCGCUGUGGCAGAACCGGCCCCGCGUGUACUCCUACAGCCUGCAGUGGACCCAGAUGAACCCCAACGCCGUGGACCGCAUCCUCGCCUACCGCCUGGGGAUUAGGCAGGCUGGACAGCAGCGUUGGUGGGAACAAGAAAUUACAGUGAAUGGAAAUAUUCAAAAGGGAGAAUUAAUUACCUACAAUCUAACUGAGCUGAUCAAGCCAGAGGCGUACGAAGUCCGUCUGACACCCAUCACCAGAUUUGGAGAAGGGGACUCCACUAUUCGAGUCAUCAAGUAUAGUGCUCCAGUAAAUCCACACCUACGAGAGUUCCACUGUGGAUUUGAGGAUGGUAACAUUUGCCUUUUCACUCAAGACGAUACGGACAACUUUGACUGGACAAAGCAAAGCACUGCCACGAGAGACACAAAAUACACUCCCAACACAGGGCCAAACGCAGACCGGACUGGCUCCAAGGAAGGUUUCUACAUGUACAUUGAGACGUCACGGCCCAGGCUGGAAGGGGAGAAGGCCCGACUCGUCAGUCCUGUUUUCAGCGUUGCUCCAAAAAAUCCCUAUGGAGCUACGAACACAGCCUACUGUUUUAGCUUCUACUAUCACAUGUAUGGACAGCACAUAGGAAGCUUGAAUGUUUACCUGCGACUGAAAGGCCAGACCGCGAUAGAGAACCCCUUGUGGUCUUCAAGUGGAAAUAAGGGCCAGCACUGGAACCAAGCCCGUGUCAAUAUCAACCCCCCGACUUCAUUCCAGCUUAUAUUUGAAGGGAUCCGGGGCCCAGGCAUUGAAGGAGACAUUGCUAUUGAUGAUGUAUCAAUUGUGGAAGGAGAGUGUAUGAAAUCCGACCAGCCGGCCAACAAUUUACGAUCAGGUGCUGUUGGGACAUUAGCGCAUAUACGACUUAUCCCAGUUACCAUCCUCAUGUUUGUCUUAAGUCAUCAGAGGUGACCUUAUCCUGGCAGAGGCUACAAAAGAUUCACCAGGCACUGGCAUGAAGAAAGAGUCUUUGUAAAAUGGACAUUUAAAAACAAACUACCAAAGAUUCCUCCACUGACUGACUCAAAAGUUAAAUAAAUACAUAAAUAAAUUAAAAACAAACAAACAAACAAAAAAACAAUUAAAAAGCACUGGGGACAUAAAAGGCAUCAUGGGAGUGUAACUCACUAUGAACCACGCGUGAGAACGAGAUCUGGCCUAAGUGAGGAAGAGACCUUCAGGUGCUUUUGUGGUCAAUAACGAAUACAGCAUCAUCUGGUUGAACUCUCGGAACAGAGCGAUAGAAACCCUUGUCAAAGCACAAAGUCAUGGCUGGUUUUGUUUCAAAUGAAUAGUUUGCUUGUUACCAUGGAAACCUAAUGGCCUGCCAAAAA